AUGGUGAAAUUAACGUACACAGGAGAGAUUAGGACAAACUUCGACGUUGGAGAGACGAUAGGAAGGGGAUCGUUCGCAACUGUCAAACUUUGCACAGAUGUCUUCACAAAGCAGCAGUUCGCACUCAAGGUUGUAAGCAAAGAUGACCCGGCGUUCGAUGAGAAGAGCUUGGCCCAUGAGGUCGACGCGAUGAUGAGAGUUUCGCACCCCAACUGCGUGCAUUUACACGGGGUCUUUGAAGAGAAGGGGAAAUUUUUUCUGGUUCUGGACCUCGUUACUGGCGGGACACUGAUGGAUCGGAUCAUUGAGAUGAAUCACUUCUCGGAACAAGACGCGAUUCACGUCACAAGGGACAUCCUGGUCGCCGUCGAGUAUCUGCAUAGCAUUGGUAUCACGCAUCGAGACCUGAAGCCUGAAAACUUGCUGUAUGCUUCAGGAGACCCGGCGUCCCCGGACUACAAUACCAUCAAGAUCGCGGACUUCGGGCUCGCCAAGGUCAUGUCAGGAAGGAGCACGAUGUCCACUCCCUGCGGCACCCCCAACUACGUGGCGCCGGAGGUGAUCGACCCCGCGAGAGGCUCCAAGGUCUACGGGCCGGAGGUUGACAUCUGGUCGCUGGGUGUCAUCGUGUAUGUCAUGCUCUGCGGCUUCCCUCCGUUCUACCAGACCUCAACGCCCGCCCUGUUCAAGGAGAUCUGCAAGGGCGAGUUCGGCUUCCCCUCUCCCUAUUGGGAUGGGAUAUCUUCGCAGGCGAGGGCCUUCAUCCUCAAGACGAUCGUGAAGCAGCCCAAGAAGAGGAUGACGGCGUCUGAGUGCCUUGAGCACCAGUGGAUCAAGAGCGGAUCGCCAGACGAGACUUUUUCGGGGAAGUUGCCCUCACGGUAG